CUUUUACGCGUUGAGCGUGUUUCCCCUUUUGUAUGCAAUCUUUACCCCUCCGUUGUCACCAACAAUUCAGGGAACCGGCCAUUGCACUGCUGGCGCCGCUCACAAUCGCAACGAACUCCCCAACUUCCAGUUUACCAUUUUCCCUCCCAAGAUGGACCGCCAGUCCGUCUUCACCAGCCGGCUAUAUGGCGCGCCCUCCGAGAGCGAAGAUUCCAAUACACAGAUCCGCAGCCAGCUCGAGUCCUUCAUUCUAGACUUCCGGCUCGACAAUGUCUUCAUCUACAGAGACCAAUUGCGAGAGAAUGCGUUGCUCAAAAAGUACUACUGCGAUGUCGACAUCGGCGACCUGAUCAAGUUCAACGAGGAGAUCGCGCACAGACUGGUGACAGAACCCUCAGAGAUCAUUCCGCUGUUUGAGGCAGCCUUGAAGCGGUGCACACACCGGAUCGUGCACCCCCAUGAACCCAAUGUCAAGCUCCCCGAUCACCAGCUCCUGCUGCACUCCAGUGCCGAAGAUGUCUCCAUCCGGAACCUCGACUCGAUGACCAUCUCGAGGUUGGUGAAGGUGCCAGGCAUCGUCAUUGGUGCGUCGGUUAUGUCGUCCAAGGCGACAGAGCUUCACAUCCAGUGUCGGACCUGCGACCACGCACAAGACAUUCACGUCGUUGGAGGAUUCAGCGGCGUUACACUCCCCAGACAAUGCGGCAGGUUCCGACCACCCAAUGACCCGACCGAAAAGUGCCCGCUCGAUCCCUAUUUCGUCGUGCACGAGAAGUCGAAGUUCGUCGACCAGCAGAUCAUCAAGCUUCAGGAGGCGCCCGAUCAGGUCCCUGUCGGGGAGCUGCCCCGCCACGUCCUCAUAUCCGCCGACCGCUACCUCACAAAUCGAGUAGUACCCGGAUCGAGGUGUACUGUCAUGGGCAUUUUCUCCAUUUACCAAACCAAAGGCUCCAAGAACUCCACGGGUGGUGCUGUCGCCAUCCGGACCCCCUACCUGCGCGCUGUUGGCAUCCAGACCGAUAUCGACCAGACUGCCAAGGGACAGGCCGUCUUCUCCGAGGAGGAGGAGCAAGAGUUCCUCGAGCUCAGCCGCCGUCCGGACCUCUACAACAUCAUGGCCGACUGCAUUGCGCCCUCCAUCUACGGCAACAGGGACAUCAAGAAAGCUAUCCUAUGCCUGCUAAUGGGCGGCUCCAAGAAGAUUCUCCCAGACGGGAUGAAACUUCGGGGUGACAUCAACGUCUUGCUUCUCGGUGAUCCCGGCACAGCCAAGUCGCAGCUGCUCAAGUUCGUCGAGAAGGUGGCGCCCAUCGCCAUCUACACGUCGGGCAAGGGUUCGUCCGCUGCCGGUCUCACAGCCUCGGUGCAGCGAGACCAGUCAACGCGCGAGUUCUACCUCGAAGGCGGCGCCAUGGUGCUCGCGGACGGCGGCGUGGUUUGCAUCGACGAGUUCGACAAGAUGCGCGACGAGGACCGCGUGGCCAUCCACGAAGCCAUGGAGCAACAGACCAUCUCGAUCGCGAAAGCCGGCAUCACGACCAUCCUGAACGCGCGGACGUCGGUGCUCGCUGCCGCCAACCCCAUCUUUGGGCGGUACGACGACAUGAAGACGCCCGGCGAGAACAUCGACUUCCAGACGACCAUUCUGUCUCGUUUCGACAUGGUCUUCAUCGUCAAGGACGAGCACGAGCGCAGCAAGGACGAGCGCAUCGCCAAGCACGUCAUGGGCAUCCACAUGAGCGGCCGCGGCGUCGAGGAGCACGUCGAGUCCGAGAUUCCUGUCGAUAAGAUGCGACGGUACAUCAGUUACUGCAGAUCCCGCUGCGCCCCGCGCCUAUCCGACGCAGCGGCGGAAAAGCUCUCCUCGCACUUCGUCGCCAUCCGCCGGCAAGUGCACGCGGCCGAGCUCGAGGCCAACACGCGCUCCUCGAUCCCCAUCACGGUGCGGCAGCUCGAGGCUAUCGUGCGCAUCACCGAGUCGCUCGCCAAGCUGACGCUGUCGCCGGUCGCGACGGAGGAGCACGUCGACGAGGCCAUCCGCCUGUUCCUCUGCUCGACCAUGGACGCCGUCAACCAGGGCAGCAACCAGGGCAGCCGCGAGCUGAACGAGGAGGUGGCGCGCGUCGAGGCCGAGCUGAAGCGGCGCCUGCCCAUCGGCUGGAGCACCAGCCUGGCCACCCUGCGCCGCGAGAUGGUCGAGGGCAAGGGUUUCAGCGAGGCGGCGCUGAACCGCGCGCUCAUGAUCCUGCAGCGGAGGGAUACCAUCAUGUUCAGGAACCAGGGGGCGCAGGUGUACCGGAAUGGGGCUUGAGCUUUGGGAUGAUAUCCGGGUCUUAGUUAACCAAAGGUCUUGUGUGUUUCUGGUGUAGGUAUCUGCAUGGGGGGUAAUGGGGGUACAGGGGCGCCGGGCGCAGGAUGGGAUAGGGGAGGGUUAUGCACCACUGUCAUACUGUUACGAGGAUAUAAUGCGAUGCAACGCGCACAUUCAACUCGAGCAUGGCGUAUUCAUUCGUACAUGU